AUGGAGGAGUUGUUGGAAAAGUCCACAAGGUCUACAAGGAAGGCGACAGGACUAAGGUAUGAUGACCUGUGCAUUCACCUGGACCUAGACCUACCAAAAGGGUUUAAAAUCUCGAAGUUCGAAAUGUUCAACGGGACAGGGAACCCCAAAGUGCACCUCCGUUCAUACUGUGACCAGUUGGUCGGAGUAAAGAAGAAUGAACCCCUGAUCAUGCGGUUGUUUAGUCGUAGCCUGACAAAUAAGGGCAUGGAAUGGUUCGCCAUACAGGGCAUGUGCCAGUGGCUCCGCUGGGAGGAUAUGGCUGAAUCCUUCAUGGAAAGGUUUCGUUUCAAUAAUGAGACCAUACCAGACAGCUACUACCUUGAGAAGGUCAAGCAAAAAUCAAUGGAAAAUUAUAAAGAAUUCUCCAGUAGAUGGAGGGCCGAAGUAGCUCGCGUGCAGCCACCCGUGAACGAGGGAGAGCUCGUUUCCGUGUUUAUCAGGUCACAGGAGCUGGAUUUCUAUGAUAGGAUACUGUUAAUGGCUGGAAGGCCAUUCUCUGAGUUGGUAAAAAUUGGAGAAACCAUAAAAGAUGGCCUCAAAUCUGGGAAGAUCGUCAGCACCUUCAACAAAGCAUCCGGGCAGGCCAUCGCGGGGAUCUUCCACAAGAAGAAAGAGGAUGUGGCAAGCAUAUCCCACAUUUCCAACCAAAACCCAAAAGGACCCUCACCAUCACACCAAGCUUCGCCCCUCUUAAAUUUCUCUACCCUUCCGUACAGCCUAGCACCCCUGUAUUACACACAGCCAACAUUUACCACUGUUGCGCCAACAUACCUGGCUCCACCCAGUGUCCGUGUAUCUGCCCCUGCUUACCAACCACUACCACAACAACAUAUACCAACCACCACUCCAGCAAAACUAUCGCCCACCACAAAAUAA